CUGACACCUUGGUCAUUGUUUGCUGCUUUCAAUGGGACUGCCCUUUGCAGCCUUCCGCUUAUUUUCAUCGUACAUGCUUCAUCGUUAAUCCGUUCUCUGCUGCUCAGCAAAGCGCUAUCACAGUCUGUCGAAUGAUAAGUCGACCUGCGCACUCACUCUUGUCAUAUUGAACACUUGGGUUAGCAUCAUUGCUCUUUCCUGCCUAGGUGUCUGCGUUCAGCGAACCCAUACAAAGACUUGGAGUCUGCUUUCAUUACUUCCUAAGACCACCCAUCAACUUUACCCAUGACGGCGGACUGGCAAUAAGAACAUUGCGUCGGUGUCUCGCAUACCUGGCCAAGGCAAUCGUACCGAACACGCCGGCAACUCCAUCACAUCCAACUUGGUACAACUGCCACCAUGAGCGCAUCACCAUCUGGUGGCCCCAAUGGCCAGAACCCGACCCCUCCACCAGGCGCCAGAGGCCCGCUUGUUCGCAAGAAGCCGCGCAAUGACAAUCCCCUUGUUGCGCGACGAAAGCCUCAGCCGCGACCGGCUGGCGUCCAUGCCCCCGGAACUCCCAUGCCUGCUGCUGCCAAAGCUGCUGCCGCUUCGAGACCCGCAAACAUGAAGCCACAACAACAGCGAUAUGGUCUACCACCGCAGCCUAAUUUCGAGGAGUUGCGAAAACAGAAUGGUGGAUGGUCCGCCCCGCCGCCACCUGGUGCUAGGGAAUAUCCCCUCUUUUUGACCAAGAAGGGCCUUAAGGAAGGGCUUCGAUUCCACGUCAUGAGGCUGGCACCUCCUCACCAGAGAUCCCAGAACCAGUCCAUCGACCCUACCAACCAAGACCAAUUUACCCGUCCUGUUACGUUGCACCGCCGAGACCCUAGACAGCCAGCGCCUGGCCGCGAAGUCAAGGAAGAGCUACCGGAACAGACACCUGAGCAGAUCGCUGAAUCGGAAAAGCUUGCGCAAGCUAAAGCAGACCGAGAAGCCCAGCGUGCCAUAGAUGACGCCCAGAAGGCACCUGUCAUGAGAGAUGCUCCCAAAAAGAGCCAGCUCAAGCCGCACGAGAAGAAGAAGACGGGCACUCAGGCCCACUACGGGGCGCGCACAGAACAGCAGAAGAAGGAAUCCGAGAUUCGAUACGAGGAAGCUCUACCGUGGCAUCUGGAAGAUGCCGAUGGCAAGAACGUAUGGGUUGGGCAGUAUGAGGCGCCGUUAUCUGAGACCAAGGUUGCCUUCAUCAUCCACGAAGGAGGAUUCCGCAUGGUACCCAUGGAGAAGUGGUACAAGUUCUCUUCUAAGCGAGCUGCUGUAAAUGCCCUGUCGAUCGAAGAAGCUGAGAAAGUGAUGGGCGCCAAGGCGCCAGUCUCCCGAUGGGCCAUGCGAGACGCUCAGCGCGAGGAGAAGGAAAAGGCGAUUGCCGAUUCUCGCGACAAACGGGUCUUCGUCAAGCAAGAAGCUGGUACCUUCAAGGCGGCUUCCCGUCAGGAGAAAAUGGAACAUGAUGAUAUCGACAUGUCAGGCGAUGAGUUCCAGGAUGACGACGAAACUGCCGGCUUCGAGCCUGACAAGGAUGAAGAUACCAAGGAAUCGAAAGAUCGCAUCCGCCGUGAACAGCUUGGUGCAAACUUGUUUGGAGACGCGGACGAGGGCAAGGUUGAGAAGGAAGAGGCCGAGUUAACGAAAGAGGAGCUGGAGAGGAAGCUGUUUGGAAAGGAUCUCAAGAAGGCAUUGAAGAGGCGCGACAAGCAGUUCCAAUAUGACAGCGACGACUCCGAAAAGGAGAGGGAUCCGUUCGCCACCUCUAGCGAGUCCGACUCAGAUUCUGAGGAUGAAGACAAAAAGGAAGACGACAAGGAUAGUAAAGACAAAGCAGAGGGGGCCUCCAAAGGCAACGACGCCGCGCAAGGCAAGAAGGCAGCAGCUGAGGCUGCGAAGAAAGGCAAGUCGCUCAAGCGUGCUGGGUCACCGGUGGUGUCAGACUCGAGCGGAGCUGAAUCCAACCGCAAGAAGAAGAAGAAAACCGGAGCCUUGUCAUCUUCGAUGACGGGCAGCCGCAGCACUACCCCCAUGCCUGGUAGCCAGCGGCGCAUGGGCGGCGCUGGUUCCACUAGUGACGGUGAGGCGACGGGUGGGGAGAUGUCGGAUAGUGCUGGUGGUCCGAAGAAGAAGAAGCAGCGCAUGCUCGGGACAGGUACGGGUGCUCAGGGCACUCCUACAGGUUCGCGAGCUGGGAGCCCUAAUCCUACAUCAGGCAAUCACCCUCCCAACCAGGACGGCGGUUCGACACCCCAUUCUCCCGGCAAUCCCAUUACAGGCCAGGAGAUCCAUGACAAGUUGCCUCCGCUUCCCGACGGCAUCCCGAUCAGCAACUUCCUCAAGAUGUUUGGCUCACGCAUUGGUGAUGGCCCGGGCCAGAUGCCCAGAACGGAGUGGCUCUCCUUGGUUAAGAAGAAUUCCGUCUACACCAAAGAACAGAAACUUCUCAAACGUAAGCAGUAGGAUGCUAGACUCAACCGUACAGGGCGGAGCAGUCGGCUUGAAGGAAUAUGCUUGUCGCAAUGGAGUGAUGAUGGCAUCACGACCCAUGGUUUGGGGAUUGCGGGAUGCAAUUUGUCAUUGCGAAGCAGCACUAUCUGGUAAAUGGUCCAAUAAACAUUGGCAUUGAGCGCAGAUAAUAUACACAUGUAGUUGGCACAGAAACAUUGCAAUUUGAUCACAUUGUGACUGGUUCCAAA